AUGCAGACUGCUUCUACAAUCAUAGGUGAAAGAAUGGGACCCUGACACCAUCCGUGACAUUUCCUGGCUACUAAAUAUUCCACGCUCAACUGUUAGUGGGAUUAUAACAAAGUGGAAGCAACUGGGAACAACAGCAACUCAGCCACCAAGUGGUAGGCCACGUCACAUGACAGAGCCGGGUCAGUGCAUGCUGAAGCGCACAGUGCACAGAAGUCGCCAACUGUCUGCAGAGUCAAUAGCUAAAGACCUCCAAACUUGGUGUGGCCUUCAGAUGAGCCCAACAACAGUGCGUAGAGAGCUUCAUGGAAUGGGAUUUCCCUGGCCGAGCAGCUGCAUCCAAGCCUUCCAUCACCAAGUGCAAUGCAAAGUGUCGGAUGUCAUGGUGUAAAGCACGCCACCACUGGACUCUAG